CUCUUUCUCUUUCGCAGAAGCCGAAAAGCCUCUGCUUUCUCAAAACUUUCCCCCAAAACCCCCUACAGAACAAACAAUCGGUAGCGUUUCUGAGCCGUAUGCAUAUACGUAUAGAAGAAAAAACCUGUAGAACUCAAUGGCUUUUAAAUCCAGUUCAGAGAUUGUAAUGCCUGACAGCUUAGGAACUAGUAUAGGAUCCGAAAUCCAAUCGGAUCCUCCAUGUGCUUUGGCGAAUGGAUCCCCGGCUUUGUUUCACAGGAGAAUAGAGUUUCACCCGGCGAGGAAGCCCUUUAAGGGAUUCGGUAAUGGCGGCGGUGGUGGCGAUUUCAAGCUUGAGACUCUGAACCCCGGCGGCGGCUCGGACCAACGGCGAUCAGGUUCUAACACGGGUCAAUCAGGUUUGGCUGGGAAGAAAGGAGAUGGGUCCGAGUUUUUGGAGCAUGGGUUGGAUCCUGAGCUCAGCUUCGGGAUUACUGUUCGGAGAAUUGGUGCUGGCCUGCAAAAUCUUGGAAAUACUUGUUUCCUCAAUUCAGUGUUGCAGUGUCUAACAUACACAGAGCCUUUAGCAGCAUACCUGCAGAGUAGCAAGCAUCAAAAUUCUUGUCAUAUUGCUGGAUUUUGUGUUUUAUGCGCCAUCCAAAAGCAUGUCAGCUGCGCUCUACAAUCAACUGGGAGAGUAUUAGCACCUAGCGAUUUUGUCAGGAACUUGCAAUGCAUAUCACGGAAUUUCCGGAAAGCUAGACAAGAGGAUGCGCAUGAGUACAUGGUAAAUUUGCUGGAAUCAAUGCAUAAAUGUUGCUUACCUUCUGGAGUGCCUGGUGAAUCCCCUAGUGCUUAUGAGAAAAGUUUGGUGCACAAGAUAUUCGGAGGUCGCCUUAGGAGUCAGGUUAAAUGCUUGCAAUGUUCUUAUUGCUCCAAUACGUUUGAUCCAUUCUUAGAUUUAAGUCUUGAAAUAGUCAAGGCAGAUUCCUUGCAUAAAGCACUUGCAAACUUCACUGCUGCUGAGCAGUUAGAUGGAGGAGAAAGGCAAUAUCAGUGUCAACGAUGCAAGCAGAAAGUUAGGGCUCUCAAACAGCUUACGGUCCACAAGGCACCAUAUGUCCUAACCGUUCACUUGAAGCGGUUUCAUGCUCAUGAUCCUGGGCAAAAGAUUAAAAAGAAAGUUCAUUUUAGCUGUACAUUAGAUUUGAAACCCUUUGUCAGUGGUUCCUAUGAUGGAGAUCUGAGAUAUACUCUUUAUGGUGUUUUAGUCCAUGAUGGUUGGAACACCCAUUAUGGACAUUAUUCUUGCUAUGUUCGCACUUCAAAUGGCAUUUGGUACUAUCUCAACGACAAUCAGGUUGCCCCAGCCAGUGAGAAGAGAGUUCUAGAACAGCAAGCUUACAUGCUGUUUUAUGUUCGUGACAGAAGAAAUAUUAUUCCAAGGAAAAUCCCCACUGAUGUUGCUCAUAAAGAGAAUUUGAAAGGAAACACUAAUGGAAUUAGAACAUCUUCCAGUUUCAACCAAGGCUUAAAGGAGAUAGUUAAGAAUGGUCCAGUUGAGAAUCGGUUAAGUGGUGCAACCUCUGCUACUUCUGUUCCUCGGAAUGAUGUGUUAAAUGUUGGUCCACAUAGGACACCCCUUACCAAGGAAGAAUUGGUACAAAAAAAUAAUUGUCUGAUAAUUACCGGAUGCUCAGUGCUGGAAAAGGGUUCUGUACCAGAACCUGUCUUAAAGUUGCCAUUAUCAAACACUCCACAGGAAACACUUCCUGUUACUGACCCAAAUUCAAGAGAAUGCUUGUCAGUAUCAUCUCCAUCUGGUGAUGGUGGGGCUCCUGAUAUUGAAAAGACAGCUAAAGGCAUUAAAAAUGAUCAUAAAGAGCAUGGAGAUUCAAGGAAAGAUAUGAGAGUCUCAGUUGCAGCAUCACCUACCUUCAGUGAUCCCCAAAGCUCUUCUACUGCUAAACUUGUCAGAGAGGAGACCUCUCAGAAGAUUAAUCACGUUUUACAUGUAGCACCAUCACAAAAUCUUAACGAUAAGAAAUUGACUACAAUGGACCCUGUUGGGAAUACAUCCCAUGAAGGCACCGUUGGCAAUUCACUGGUUGAGAAUGCUGGUGUUCUGGUUCAAAAAAUAGUGCUUGAUGGGUCAGUGAAAUUGUGCUCAUCAAUCAAGAGAAAUAGAUCACAGAAACAAGCUCGUAAUUGCAAACAUCACAGAAAACUGAAAAAGAAGCUAGUGAAAUGUCAGGCAGCGAGCAUGCAGCUUAAUUCACACUUCCUUUUCCAGGCAUCGUUGAGUUUGUGGAAGAAGAAAAAGCACAAAAGAAACAAAAAACACACUUCAGAUGUGAAGAAUAUUAACAGAGAAAACUUGUUUGACAUGGAUUGUAUCUCAACUGAUCUGGGGCCAUCUACUUCUGAGAUUACCAGGAAAAUUACCUCACGUUUAGCUCAACCUCUGAGAAAAGGGACUAAGUCUGGUUCAAAAGAGGGAGCUAGUAAUGCUGCUGCCAAGGAUUUAAUGAAGAUGGAAGAUAUAAUAAAUGGUGAAUUUAGACAAAGAAUCGAUCAGAGUGGAACUGUGCUUGCCACUGAUAAGCAAUUGGAGAAGAGCUCUGGCUCUAGCUCGGUAGCAGAUCAGUGGGAAGCAGGACGAGUAGAUGGUCCGAAAGAAGGAAAAAGAAAAGUAACGCAGAAUGGUUUGAUGAGUAUGCUCACCCGAGGUCUGGAGGAGACAGUUGUUGCUCAGUGGGAUGGGAUAGAGUUGCCUACAUCUCAAUCUGUCGCAUCAAAUGGCAUGGGUAAAAUCAGCAUUGGCUACAUACCAGAUGAAUGGGAUGAAGAAUAUGACAGGGGAAAGAGAAAGAAGGUUAGGCAGUUUAAGCAUACUUUUGGUGGACCAAAUCCUUUUCAAGAAAUCGCCACCAAGAAAACACAAACGAACAAGACUAAAGUGGACCGAUCUAGCUCAGGAAAUCAGCCAUUCAGGAUAUGAAGAAACUAGAUUGAUAUCAGUGAAGUGUAAGCCUGACUCAUUUGUUUGCCCGGAGCAAUUGGUGUAUUGUUAAGCGGAAAUUUUAAGGAGAGUGCUAGAGCUGAUCUUAUCUUCUUUCCGGGAAUUGUUUGUUAGGGAGGGAGAUUUGGGGGGGGUUUUGUAUUGGACUUAUUCCUCUCGUAACAUUUCUCAUGUUGGAAGACUAUUAUCUGAAACAGGUUUUAUGUUCGAGAAAUGAUCAAUUUCUUUUUGCUAAUAUAACUGAAGCAGGAUCUUUCUUGGAGUUA